AGACGUCGAUUUCCCCUUCUUGUUGGCCCAGGAGGCCGCCCCGGGGCCUCUUCCACCGGUCCCUAUUUUGGCUCUGCCUCUUUGCAAGAGAGAGAGAAAAAAGGAUUGCAAGAUUUUUCCUUUCCCCUUUGCAUUCUUAAGGCUCAGACAACUACGCCCAUUGCUUCCUGGUAGGUUUUGCUGGAUGGGGGAGGGGCAGGGCAGGCAGCAACGGAAACCAGACAUUAGAGAUAAGAGUCUGCACAGCUUAUAUGCAACAGUCUUUUUCACUGCAGCUGCAUGAGUUGUGCCUCUCAUAAUGCUCCCGUGACCAGGACCUGACCAGUUCCAUUUUUUUUCCACCUUUGUCAUCUUCAAAUAAUGCAUCCCGCAAUGCCUUGGGCAAUCUCCCUCCAGUCUGGUUGCCUCUGAAAAAAAAUAAAAAACAUGUGAGAGGUUGGUACUAAGAAGUGCCUUUCCUGACGUCUCUGCUGCUUGGAACCGCUUCUAGAUCAGUUUCUGCUUUUGCCUUGCUUGCUGCCAGCUAGACUGCGACGACAGCACGUCCACCCUCCACCUCUAGCCCAGACACCCCCAUUUCUACUUAUAAUCAAGAGAAAAGCUCUAAGUAUCUGGCAUUGUCCUAGGCUGCUUUAGUGUAAAAAAAAAAAAAGAAAAAGAAAAGUUUGCUGAAAAAGUAAGAUAUCUUCUGCCAGAAAAAUCAAGGAGGAAAAAAAAAAUCAUUUCUCGAUUGUUGCUCUAAACUGCUGCAUCUGUCUAUGCCAAACUAAUCAAUACCAAUUGCACCACAAAACCCGAUUGCAAAUUCAGCUGUGAGGAGAUUACCUUUCAGACAACUUUACUGAAAGCAGCUUGGAAAUUCUGUGUCAAAGGGUCUGCCACGUUUUCAUGCUUGCAUUUUGGGCUCCAAAUUGGCACUGGGAAUGGGUUUCUGAGAGCACAAGGCUGAUUCCCAGGCCCACUUUUAAACGUUCAGUCUACUUAUGAUCCUAGCGUUCCUCUGAGUACCCAAACCUCUUUCGAUUAACAGUUUCAUGCUGUGCAUUUCUAGUGGGAGAUCAUUUCCUUGAUAUCGACAACACCAUUUUACGUGUUCCUGUAAAGCAGGGAGCUGGGGAAGAGCAGUUUUGGAGGUGACUAUUUCACCAUUUCCAGUCUAUCAGUUUGGCUUUUUUGGGGGGUUUGUUUGUUUCACUGAAAUUUUAACUACCUGUAAAAUCUAAACAUGGCUGUUAGUGUCACACCGAUUCGGGACACAAAAUGGCUAACGCUGGAAGUGUGUAGAGAGUUCCAAAGAGGGACUUGCUCACGACCAGACACGGAAUGUAAAUUUGCACAUCCAUCGAAAAGCUGCCAAGUUGAAAAUGGACGAGUAAUCGCCUGCUUUGAUUCAUUGAAAGGUCGUUGUUCAAGAGAGAACUGCAAAUAUCUCCAUCCUCCCCCACAUUUGAAAACACAGUUGGAGAUAAAUGGACGCAAUAACCUGAUUCAGCAGAAGAACAUGGCCAUGUUGGCCCAGCAGAUGCAACUAGCCAAUGCCAUGAUGCCUGGUGCCCCAUUACAACCUGUGAACUUUUUGCAUCAAUCAUUCCAAAAAAGAGGGGGGGAUUGCUUGGUGAGGUGGGAGGGAUCUCCAUAUUACAUCGUCAGUGAUACCAAUGAUCAAUUCCAUACAGUCGAGCCAAUGUUUUCAGUUGCACCGAGCUUAGCCACCAAUGCAUCCGCAGCCUUUAAUCCCUACCUGGGACCUGUUUCCCCAGGCUUGGUCCCAGCCGAAAUCCUGCCGACAGCACCGAUGUUGGUUACAGGGAAUCCUGGGGUCCCUGUACCUGCGGCUGCGGCUGCUGCUGCCCAGAAAUUAAUGCGGACGGACAGGCUCGAGGUAUGUCGAGAGUAUCAACGUGGCAAUUGUAAUAGAGGAGAAAAUGACUGCCGGUUUGCUCACCCCGCUGACAGUGCAAUGAUCGAUACCAAUGACAAUACGGUCACCGUGUGUAUGGAUUACAUCAAAGGGAGAUGCUCUCGGGAAAAGUGCAAAUAUUUUCACCCCCCUGCACACCUGCAAGCCAAGAUCAAGGCUGCCCAGUACCAAGUCAACCAAGCUGCAGCUGCUCAAGCUGCAGCCACUGCAGCUGCCAUGACUCAGUCGGCUGUCAAAUCACUGAAGCGACCCCUCGAGGCAACCUUUGACCUGGGAAUUCCUCAAGCUGUCCUUCCCCCAUUACCAAAGAGGCCUGCGCUUGAAAAAACCAAUGGUGCCACCGCAGUCUUUAAUACUGGUAUUUUCCAAUACCAACAGGCUCUUGCCAACAUGCAGUUACAACAGCAUACAGCCUUUCUCCCUCCAGGCUCAAUAUUGUGCAUGACACCCGCUACAAGUGUUGUUCCCAUGGUGCACGGUGCUACUCCAGCCACUGUGUCCGCAGCAACAACAUCUGCCACAAGUGUUCCCUUCGCUGCAACAGCCACAGCCAACCAGAUACCCAUAAUAUCUGCCGAACAUCUGACUAGCCACAAGUAUGUUACCCAGAUGUAGAUUUUUCAUCACCAAACAAUCAUACUAAAGAGAAAAGGACAGUGUGCUUGGUUAGAGUAAAGGACAAGGUCAUUAGCCAUAUUGUAUAUAUCGUCAAGCAAACCACACCCCUCCCCACACACACUCACACACACACACACAAUAAAUCCCUCAGCAGCAUCCACAUAUUGCAUGUUAACAAGAUGAACAGACAACUUGGAUAUCCACUGCACACUGUUGCCUAUAUACUUUGUACAUUUAAUUGAUAUUUGUGCUGAGGUGACCUUAUUGUCCAAAAGUACAACAUCGUCUUUCUUUUCUAGCACAGAAAUAUGCAUUGGAAUAUGCACCCAUAGUUAAAUUCUGAUAAACUCAUGUCAUCUUGAAAAGACAGACUAUGGUGUAACCAUGACUCUAUUAUGUAUUGGUACGUCUGUAGACCAAGAUAUAAUUUUUUAAAGUAAGUUUAUUUCUUUCAAGGUUUACAAAUAACAAAGGUGCACCUUGUAUUUAAAAUUGCCAUUGUAGACAAAAGCGUGCAUGCGCAGUCAUUCUUGUUUAAGAGUAAUAUUUUUAAUGUAAUAAAUUGUAAGAAUUGGUAAGGGAGGGAUCGGACAGAGAUGAAUGUGCCAAGCAAAAUCACAACUGUGUAUAUUUUAAAGCAAAUCGUAGCUUUAAAUACCAUGUUGGUAAGGAUUCUCUUGAAGUGCCAUAGACUGUACAUCAAAUUAGAGUAUUAUUUCUGCAGUGUUAUUAUUUUCAGAGCCACUUUUUUUUUUGCUUAUUUGCUAGAAUUGAACAAAGGGCACCAUUUUUUUUAAACCAAAGCUGUCUCAGAAAUGGCCAAUUUAACCUUAAAAUAACCAUAGACAGCACAAGACAAACUCUUAUUACAGACAACUUACACAUACUGGAGAUACAUAGAGAUUAUAUAUAUAUACAUAUAUAUAUAAUUAUUUUAAUGCAUUUUAGUGUAAUAUUUAUGCAUAUUAUACUGUGUAACAUGAUACUCAAAAGGGAGGUGCCAUUUCUGAGACACGGCAAACAAAAAUAUUGGAAGACCUUAUUUUGCUUCUAUUUAUAGCCUCUGUCAGAAGUCAAAAGACUAUAAAUGCUUUGCAGAAAUGGUUUCACUUUUUGCUUAAAUGCUUCAUCUAAGUCACAUUCAAAAUAGUGACUCUAAAACAAAGAAGCAGCACUGUCAUCAGAUGCAUGAAAAACCAAAAUAUGAAAAACAGAAAUGUUAAUUCAGUAGUAAUUGGGUGGGUUCAGUACUUGGGGAAGUUUUAUAUGUGAUUUUUGUUUUGUUUUGUUUUGUUCAGAUUAACUGCUUAUAGCCUUAGAAAGCCUUUACAAAAUAAAAAAAAAAUAGAUGUGCAUUCAGUUUUUAAGAAUGGAUUCAUCCAAAGGAAUUCCUUUUUGUGGUUCGGAUGUUGCAGCUAGUAAAGGAUAUUUUUGCUCUGUUCAGCAAGCCUGUGGUUGCUGAAGUGGGAGCCAGGUCACUGGUAGUUUAGUGUGGAAUGGAAGAGGUGAAGGUUUAGUUAUAGAACUUUCUGUACUUCCAAGUUUACUGCAAGUUUUUAUGCUUGAGAGAUAUGCUUUCUAGUAUAAGAAUGAUGUGUUGAUUUUACUGAUUGUACUGUACAUCUAUUAAAGCCUUAGAUUAUUACAUUACGGGUUGGAACCCAUACCAAUGUAAUUUCAAUCGUGUUAAGAAAGUAUAGGUGACUUCACAUGUUAUUGUAGUUACUUACAUUAUAGAAUAUUACUUAUUUUUCUUGUUAAAAUAUAGAUUUUCAUUUCUUACAUUUAUUAGAUUGUUUUCAUUUUCUAUUACAAGUUGAAUACCAUUUCAAUUUUUAGAAUUUUGUUUUAUUAGAUUUUACUGAUGUAUUUUGCAAAAUACAAAAAAAUUAAAAAGUAGUUUUUUCCUUCAUAACAUACUCAGUUUUAAAUUACAUGUAGUGUCAUAUGAGUAUUCGUAUUACUGUUAACUAAAUGAUUUAUAUUUUACUGAUUUAAUAUUACAAUGUAAGAAUGUCAGUCAUCGUUAGUUCUUGUCUAGUUUUCAUUAAAAGAACAAAGAUCUUUUAUAUGGAUAUCUUAUAAUUAUAUAAUCAUUGCUAAGUAAGAAGUUAAGUUGUUGCUAUCGCAACAAUCCUGGCAGACAAUUGAGUAAUAUUUUGAUGAUUUAUUUUGUUUGUAAUUAGUUAUUAUAAGAAAAAUCUAGUUCCUAGAUAUUAGAAUAAAAUUUAUUUUCUACUGUAUCCAUUACAAAUGUUAAAAUAUUGUUUAAAUAUUUUUUGAAAUCCCUGAAUAUCAGGCCUUGUUAUAAAUAAGCUGCAUAAUCAAUAGAUCAAGGGACUUUUUGUUGAUAAUCCAAAUACUCAAAGUUUACGUAACAAGAAUUCUAGUGGUUGUGCAAACUCUUGAGGGUGGAUUAUGCUGCAGUUUAGCAUGUUGGGAUGUCUAGAGAGAAGGUUGACUUUUUGCACUUCUGUAUAUAGUCAAAAAAGAGAGAAACCUGUAUAAUAGUAAGAUCUUAUUUUGAAUAAAAAUGUCUAUAAUUACAAGGAGUUUUGUUAAGGCUAAUACAAUGACAGGCUGAGCAAAAUUGCUUGCAAAAGUGGCACAGAGUUAGCACUCCAUACCCCUUCCAAAAAGUGGCUUUGCUUUUUUGUGGACAGCUUGUAGUUUGCCAGGAUUUUUUUCAGCUGGAAAGAUAUGCCAUCCUUCCGAGAUCUCAUGACUGACAAAAGCUCAACUGGUCCAAAUCGGCCUGAAGAUCAUUGCCCAAACGAGCAGGUACUUCAACCGCUAAGGGUCAAAUCAUGGAUCAAGUAUUCCUUACAUUAUUCAAAACUACUGCAUGUUUAAACUAUCAGAAAAAAAGAGAGAGACCUAUAUUAAGGAUAUAUACUAUUCAAACCAGUUUCUGACCAUUUCAGUGGUUUAUCGUUCACAAAACCAAAUCUUCAAAACAAGUAUUGACUUUCACACAAAGUUAAUUCAUGAACAGGCAAACCAAACAGCACACCGUAGCUGUAGUUGUUAUGUGAUUGUUUUUGAUCGCUGUAGUGAUCCUGUUCUUUUAGCAGGUGAAAAGAAAAUGUGCAAAUUUCACUGUUUCAAGAUUCUGAAACAUUCAAAACAGAGCCUAACGUUCUAAGACAAAUGGGGAUAAAGCAGUGAGAUUUGGCUGUCGUUUGAUCGGUGUAUAAUCAGUAACCAGAUUUGAUAAUGUUGCUCUGAUUUGCAACCCUAAAACUUUCAUCUGCUGAAAGGACAGAUGUGCUUGGUUUUACUAUUAUGUAAUCACAGACUUACUUUCUGCUUGUAGUUGCUCCAAUUAUGUAUUCUGUCCUGGGCUGCAAUUUGUUUUUAUGCUUAUUUUAUUAUUACUGCUCUAGUUGACCUUGCUGUAUGGAAAAAUAAAGUGAAAUUGCCCUAAUAAAA